CCACCCGACUCGCCAAAUUUGCAGCAGCGUUUCGAGAGAGCGUYGUUCGUUGUUCCAAGAAAGAAUUCAUGGCGACUGCUUCUGCAAAAUCCCUUCUCGUUCCUCGCGUUGAAACUAGUACUCUCUCUUCAACGAGAGCUGAUUCUGCUGCUGCUGCUGCUACUUCUCUUCAAUUUCUCAAGUCCACUCCGUCGCUUCCGUUGAAGCUCUCUCACUCUCGCUCUUGCUUUCGUUCCCGAUCUCCGUCUCUCGUUAUCACCAACGUUUUAAAAACCCAAGACUCUCUCAGCACCUCCCUCUCCCAGGGCCGAGAUCUCGAGACCGGGUCGAGGUUGGGAAUGAAGCCAACGAUCCUCGUCUCCGAGAAACUCGGAGAAGCGGGGCUCGAGGUGCUCAGAGGCUUUGCUAACGUGGAUUGCUCGUAUGAUCUGUCGCCCGAGGAACUCUGCCAGAAAAUUUCGCUCUGUGACGCGUUGAUUGUGAGGAGUGGGACGAAGGUGACGAGGGAGGUCUUCGAGGCUGCCAAGGGAAGGUUGAAAGUGGUCGGAAGGGCCGGAGUUGGGAUUGACAAUGUCGAUCUGCAGGCUGCAACGGAGUUUGGAUGUCUUGUCGUGAAUGCUCCCACGGCCAACACUGUUGCUGCUGCCGAGCAUGGGAUCGCUCUGCUUGCUGCCAUGACUCGUAAUGUUGCUCAGGCUGAUGCCUCCAUGAAAGCUGGAAAAUGGCAACGGAGCAAGUAUGUUGGUGUCUCUCUGGUUGGAAAAACACUGGCAGUUAUGGGGUUUGGAAAGGUUGGAUCUGAGGUUGCCAGACGUGCAAAAGGCUUGGGAAUGCAUGUUGUUUCACAUGAUCCAUAUGCCCCAGCUGAUAGAGCGCGUGCUAUUGGUGUGGAUCUCGUUUCUUUUGAUGAGGCCAUUUCCACUGCAGAUUUUAUUUCCCUCCAUAUGCCACUCACUCCUGCUACUUCAAAGUUAUUCAAUGAUGAAACUUUUUCAAAGGUGAAGAAGGGAGUUCGCAUCAUUAAUGUUGCUAGGGGUGGUGUUAUAGAUGAAGAUGCACUAGUCAGGGCACUUGAUAAUGGAGUUGUUGCCCAGGCAGCACUUGAUGUUUUCUGCGAGGAACCCCCUCCCAAAGACAGCAAGUUAGUGCAGCAUGAGAAUGUCACAGUGACACCUCACCUUGGAGCUAGCACAAAGGAAGCUCAGGAAGGUGUAGCCAUUGAAAUAGCAGAGGCUGUAGUUGGAGCAUUAAGAGGAGAACUCUCUGCAACUGCAGUGAAUGCUCCAAUGGUUCCUCAGGAGGUAUUGUCUGAGCUGGCUCCUUAUGUCAUGCUUGCUGAGAAACUUGGUAGGCUGGCUGUGCAGUUGGUGGCUGGAGGAAGUGGCAUUCAAUCUGUCAAGGUGGUAUACAGGUCAGCACGAGAUCCAGAUGACCUGGAUACCAGACUUCUCCGAGCCAUGAUCACUAAAGGCAUCAUUGAGCCAAUAUCUAGCACAUUUAUCAACCUCGUCAAUGCUGAUUUCACAGCCAAGCAGAAAGGACUCCGAAUCAGUGAGGAACGGGUGUUUGUUGAUGGUUCCCCCGGGAGUCCAGUUGACUCAAUCCAGAUACACAUUUCCAAUGUGCAAUCCAAAUUUGCAAGUGCUCUGCUGGAUAAUGGUGAGAUAUGCGUUGAAGGGAGAGUGAAAUAUGGUGUUCCUCACCUCACAUGUGUGGGAGCAUUCAAUGUAGAUGUGAGCCUUGAUGGCAACCUCAUUCUCUGCAGGCAGGUGGACCAGCCUGGUAUGAUUGGAAAGGUUGGGAGCAUCCUUGGUGAGCAAAAUGUCAAUGUGAGCUUCAUGAGUGUUGGUAGGACAAUGCCAAAGAAGCAGGCUAUCAUGGCAAUUGGUGUGGAUGAGGAACCCGAUAAGGAAACUCUCAAGAUGAUCGGGCUGGUCCCAUCCAUUGAAGAGUUCGUGUUCCUCAAUCUAUAGUGUAAGGUGAAGGCUAUCAGCGUUUUUUCAUAAGUUCCUGCCCUGUUUUGCAGUGGGUCAGCUACGAAAGCAAAAUCAAAUGCUGGCUACUAACAAGGAAGCAUCAAGGUCUGUGUUUCUUCCUGUAUAUUGACAGAGCAUAAGUCUCCUAUUGGUCUCAUUUAGUGUACUUUGCGUAGCUCUGCUGUGUAAUGCCUAAGAGCUAGGGUAUUUUUCUGUUAUUCUGUAGUCAGGAGGUGGCAUUGCUUUAAAAGUUGGUAAAUCCUUGUUGCGCUUGUCUGCUUGUUAGGUGUUCUUCGAACUCCUAGCUUCUUUGUGAGGCUUCCUUGUGUGAUUCAAGAACAAGAAUGAACACGUUUAUUGGGGUAAAAUCCAGGUGUGUGUACCCUUGUGUGAUGUUAAAUGAAUCAAGAAUUUGUGCAACUGUAGUCCAUAAACUGAGCUUUCAAAGUUUUA